UCUUAGCUUUCGUAAUCAGUUUUCUUUUUCUUUCCAAGGUGGGGCGGUUUACCUUCGCCGAGAUUUAAUUAACCAGAAGUCUAACCAAAGACUUAUGAUUUGUAUUAUUCCCGGAAAUGUUUUUGUACGAAAAUGCCGAACGACUGGUGUACACGUGGCAGUCGGUGGAUGUGGAAGUAAAUGGACUGCUCCAACACGGUCAAGUCAUCCGCUUGGAAGACGUCACCGGCAGCAACCCACGUUUGAUCGUGGAUUUCAGAUGCGCGUCCCAACGAGCGGUGUCAGUCCAAUACGGAGCGGUUUUUGACUGUUCGGUGGUGUACAAUACCGAUGAUUAUGUUGCCCCCCGCUUUUACCCGUGCUGCGAUCUACCGACGCCGCCAUGGAAGCGGGGAAGAUUGCCGUGCAGGUGCUCUUCCGUGCCCGCCCCGAUCAUCCUUGGAAAUGGUAUCCCGGGGCACUGCUCAUGUACUUCGUCUACAAUAAUUGUCUAUCCGAUUAUGCCUGGGUGGAUGUGAUGGUGGAAGGGUGCUCUGUCCGCGAACUGUUUCCCAAGCGACAGAUACGCCUACCGCUUACAGACAGAGCGCUUCACGAGCGACGGCUGGAACACGGCAGCUUUUUGAUCCGGACGUGCAGCGUGCCGGAUGCACAACCGUACGGAGACCUGUCGACAACGGAACCGGCAGUGAUGGCCGCGUUCUGCAAUUUAUUGGAGCGGCAAUUCCAUUUAAAAGUAGUAUCAGCUGACAACCGGGCAAUUGUCUAUUUACAGCAUCACCGCGUGUCCCGCCGCUAUCUAAUACUUCUGCAAUAACAAGCCUGGAAAACGUUAAGCGAGGGGUCGAACAUCAAAGUGACCGGAAAACCCAAUCAUUUCCGAAUCCGAACGACGAAUUAGCGGGAGGGAUUACGCAGUCUCUGGACGUUGUAGUCAGCCGCAACUGCACACUGUACGCGUGCACAUCGGGGAUCUUGACCUUUGUGGCAGCCUAGCUAGUUUCUUCCGGUCGCUAAUGCGUUCCAGAAGGUGCUAGUGACCGGUGACCGCUAAUAUCUCAUUUUGCGCCAAUGACCACUGCGGCUGGACUAUCCGCGCCGCCAUUUUGGACAGUGGCACUUGCGGCCAUACCAAGAAAAAACGCAAACGCGCACAAUGCGGGCAGUAUAAAGGCGGCUGGGCGUGCGAGAUAUUCAAGAAAUGCAAUGUUAAACUUCAAAAAUAAUGCUUCUUGCAGUCUCGUAUGAGAGUAUAAUGAAAGUUAUGGGAGAGAAAUAUCGUUAGCAUCGCUUAUUUUCUGUAUUCCAUCUAUAAAUAGCGGCCAAAACAUGGGAACGGGAUAUGGUAGAUUUUAAUUUUUUGCUGACCAGUGAUCAACUUGUUGACCACUGCUAUACUCUAGUUUGGAAGUGCUUUUUUUGUACUAUUUAAUGGAGUUAUUGGUUUUAUGUAAUUCCCGUUCGUCUAAUUAUCACAAAAUUAAACGUUUUUAU